UUCCGCAACAGUGUCGGUUACAGAGGAUGAUCGGCAGCGCAGCGCUCCGACAACACUAGCCUGACAAGGCGAACAGUCCAUCGAAAUUUAUAAAAGACACUCCAGGACUCUUCUUCAUGUAGGCUGUCAUAAAUUACUUACGAGAAAGUGGAGAGUUUAAUUCCAGAGACGAAGACUAUGGACGAACAGCCAGCAGCGAUUUCAGUUCAGGGAAAGUAAAACGGACCAGGAGAAGGUGCCCUCUCUUUGCUUUGAGCCUGAUUAUCGGUCUGUCUGGUCUCCAGCUCUUUUGGUCUGGUUGUCUAUUUCGGGCGAGCAGUGAUCUUCCACAGCAGACAUCUCCAGGGAUUGUAGCCCGUGGUCUGAGGAGGAGUCAUGGGGCCGGUACGGGCCUACCCAUUAGCCCUGCCUGUGCUGGCUGUUCUGGGCCUCAUUAUCAGCGCAUGGAGCCUCAACCCAGAUGACCCCAAUGUCUGCAGUCACUGGGAGAGCUACGCAGUGACUGUUCAGGAGUCCUACGCUCAUCCUUUUGACCAGAUCUACUACACCAGGUGCACCGACAUCCUCAAUUGGUUUAAAUGCACCAGACACAGGACCAGCUACAAGACAGCUUAUCGGCGCGGGGUGAGGACCAUGUACCGUCGGCGUUCUCAAUGCUGCCCUGGCUACUUCGAGAGUGGAGACUUGUGUGUCCCACGAUGUACCGAGGAGUGUGCCCAUGGUCGGUGUGUGUCUCCUGAUACAUGUCAGUGUGAGCCAGGCUGGGGAGGACUGGACUGCUCUAGUGGUUGUGAAAGUGGCCACUGGGGGCCCCACUGCAGCAACCGCUGUCAGUGCAAGAAUGGGGCCCUGUGUAACCCCAUCACAGGAGCCUGUGUCUGCACAGACGGCUACCAAGGAUGGCGCUGUGAAGAUCAAUGUGAGCCUGGAUACUAUGGCAAGGGCUGCCAGCUACAGUGUCAAUGCCUCAAUGGUGCCACCUCACGGGGUCAAGGCUCACUCUACGAGAAUUUCAAGUGUUUGCUCUUGUGGUUCGGCAGCUGUGGAGAGCGAUGUCCCUCUGGAAGUCAUGGGCCACAGUGCGAGCAGCGCUGCCCCUGUCAGAACGGAGGAACCUGCCAUCACAUCACUGGAGAAUGCUCCUGCCCUGCUGGAUGGAUGGGGUCUGUGUGUGCCCAGCCAUGCCCAUUCGGCAAAUACGGGAUCAACUGCAGCAAGGAAUGCUCGUGCCGCAAUGGAGGACUGUGUGACCACAUUACAGGACAGUGCCAGUGUAUUGCAGGAUACAGUGGCCACAGGUGCCAGGAAGAGUGUCCGGUCGGCAAAUACGGACCCCAGUGUGCCCUUCACUGUGAUUGUCAGAAUGGGGCCAAGUGUUACCACAUCAACGGAGCGUGUUUGUGUGAUACAGGAUUCAAAGGGCCUCACUGCCAGGACAGGUUCUGUCCACCAGGCCUCUACGGUCUCAUCUGUGACAAAUACUGCCCCUGUAACGCCACCAACACACUCAGCUGCCACCCCCUGACAGGUGAAUGCUUGUGUACAGCCGGAUGGACGGGUCUAUACUGCAAUGAGACCUGUCCCCCGGGUUACUAUGGAGAAGGAUGUAGAGUGCCGUGCCAGUGUGCUAAUGGAGCAGACUGCCACAGUCUGACUGGGGCCUGUAUCUGUGCCCCAGGCUACACAGGCGACGACUGUUCCCACACCUGCCCACGUGGACUAUACGGUACUAACUGCACUUCCACCUGCCACUGCCACAACCAGGCAUCCUGCUCACCAAUCGAUGGCUCCUGCAUCUGUAAAGAAGGUUGGCAGGGUGUAGGCUGCUCAAUUCUGUGCUCCAGCGGGACUUGGGGAUUGGGCUGUAACCAGACUUGUUUGUGUGCCAAUGGUGCGGCUUGUGACCCAAUUGACGGCUCCUGUACCUGUACCUCGGGCUGGAGAGGGGAACGCUGCCAGCAGCCCUGCCCCGAUGGCACAUAUGGGCUGGAGUGUCGUGAGCGUUGCGACUGUAACCACGCUGAUGGAUGCGACCCUGUGAGUGGAUUCUGUCGCUGUUUGCCGGGAUGGACAGGCAUCCACUGUGACGGCAUCUGCCCUCAAGGCUUCUGGGGGCCUAACUGCUCCAUGACCUGCUCAUGCCAGAACGGAGGCUCCUGCUCUCCUGAAGACGGAACCUGCGUGUGCGCUCCUGGCUACCGCGGGACUUCCUGCAAGAAAAUUUGCCCUCCUGGUUUCUACGGGCACCGCUGCAGCCAGUCAUGCCCACAGUGUGUGCACAGCACAGGGCCGUGCCACCACUUCACGGGUCACUGUGAGUGCCUCGCCGGCUUCUUCAGCUCGCUUUGCAACCAAGUGUGUCCCAGUGGCAAAUACGGGAAAGCCUGUGCUGAGAUCUGCGUGUGCACUAACAAUGGCACCUGCAACCCCAUUGACGGCUCUUGCCAAUGUUUCCCAGGCUGGACUGGAGACGACUGUUCACAGAUUUGUCCCAUAGGCCAGUGGGGCCCUGACUGCUUGAACUCAUGUAACUGUCACAACGGAGCCCAAUGUAGUGCCUACGACGGAGAGUGCAGGUGCAGCCUGGGCUGGACCGGCCUCUACUGCACGCAGCGCUGUCCCUCAGGGUUUUAUGGGCGAGACUGUGCAGAGGUGUGCCGCUGUCAAAAUGGAGCUGACUGUGAUCAUAUCACUGGCCAAUGUGCCUGUCGGACUGGCUUUAUUGGGACCAACUGUGAACAGAAGUGUCCUCCUGGGACGUUUGGCUAUGGCUGUCAGCAGCUGUGUGAAUGUAUGAACAACGCCACCUGCGACUAUGUGACUGGAACAUGCUACUGCAGCCCGGGAUACAAAGGAAUCCGCUGUGACCAGGCGGCUCUAGUGAUGGAGGAGCUGAACCCCUAUACUAAGAUCAGUCCUUCUCUGGGUUCAGAGCGGCAGUCCGCAGGCGCUGUGAUGGGCAUCAUCUUCCUGCUGCUGAUCAUCAUGGCCAUGCUCAGCUUGUUUGUUUGGUUCAGGCAGAGACAGAGAGACAAAGGCCAGGAAAUGCCCAGUGUCUCGUACACCCCAGCCCUGCGUGUCACCAACACUGACUACUCCCUCUCUGAAACGUCUCAGAGCAGCAGUGGUGGCCAGUGCUUCUCCAAUCCCAGCUACCACACUGUGGCACAGUGCAACAUCUCAUCCACCAUCACAAACAACCUGGACGGCACUCUCGCUCUUAAGAAAGGAGACAGGAACAAUUCAGAAUGGAGAGCGUACUGCAAUCUCAAUGACCUGGGAGUAUCAAGAGGAGGCACACUUACACUGAGGGACAACAAAACCACUCGAAUGGCCAAAGAUUACAUAAAGGCCUCCAUGUGUAGCUCCAGCUCGUGCUCCCUAAAUAGUGAGAACCCAUACGCCACCAUCCGAGAUCCACCCAGCCUGGCCUGCAAGCACACUGAAAGCAGCUACGUGGAGAUGAAGUCACCUGCUCACAGAGACCUGACCUUCUGCUCCAGCACUAGCACAACCCUGACCACUGCCAGCAGGAACGUCUAUGACGUGGAACCGACAGUGAGUGUUCUUCAAGGACCCAACGGCCUGGCGACCGGAUUCUCGCAGAGUCCUUAUGACCUCCCGCGGAACAGCCACAUUCCCAGCCACUAUGACAUCCUGCCAAUGCGCCACAGCCCUACACACACCCCACCCCCUCCAGAGAGCCCCCCGAGCUCCCUGCUGUAGAGCCCAGUCCUGCCCAGCCCAAAAACACAGACGCAAGGACCUCGAUUUUUAAAAUCUCUCUUUCUCUUCAACAAUCAUUCAAGUACAGAUGCAUGACAUACCGGACAUGACACAGGAGAAGAGAGUAUUCCUCUCUGAGGAUUGUGGGAAAUGAAUUGUACAUCAAAACAAGAACAGAUUUGGACACCAGCGAUUAUUCACCAUCCUUCUCAGAGGCGUUUUAUAACAAGCUGUGCAUAUAAAAGCAGCAUUCUUUGUUUAUAGGUCUCUGAAAAGACUUUUAAAGGGAAUAAAGGAGCGUUUGAGACGCUUUCAUGGAAACAUACGAUAUGUUGAAACUUAAAACCAGAGCUCCGCAUACUGGAACAGAUCAUCAAUGCGACUCAAUGAUCCAGAACUUUUCAUUUGGAGUUGGCAUCGAUCUUGAAAACGAGAGCCAGGGGUGACCAUGAAGAGGCAAUCCUCUAUUUUUUUUUGCCCCCCCAAAAAAAACGUCUGGACUUCAAGGUAUUGGUGACAAAGCAUGGUUUCAAUAAGAAAUAAUAACACUUCUUAUUGCGCAAAGAUGGUUACCAAAACAUAAUGUGAGAUGAGCGAGAACCGACCAUUUAUCUACCACUUAUAAACCUACCGAGAAAUAUUUAUAAAGGUUUAUGAGGAGAGCCUGGGUCAACAUGAGCUACACUGCAACCUGGUGCUUUCUACUGUACAUAGGAGUUUAUGACUGUUGCUAUCAUUUAUUUGGGUGUGUACGUUUUAUGACCGUGGGAUUAAGUUGACACUUUUCAAAGCUAUCAUGUUUAGUUUUUCGUCUUUGUAUUUUUACAUUUUUAAAACUUUUAAUUUGUUAAA